AUGUCUUCGGCUCCUAUAUAUAAUUUCAACCAGGCUGUUUCCGCGGACGCAUUCGAAGUCGAGGAGUUCAGACGUCGGACACGACUGCAUGAGGAGGAGGCUGCCGAGGUCGAGAAGUCGAUCAGCAGUAUAAAACCCUCCCGACGAAUACGGUUGAAGAAAAGUGGCCAGGAGAAGGAAAGUGGACAGGCCUCUGAGGCGGUUGAUGACGAAGGGCCUACUCUGUUGGAUCUCAAGCACCGUCAUCUGGAGAAUCUUCGUAGGGAUCGAGACGAGAUGCAGGACCAGGAUGGUGGUUAUAAGCGUUUCCAGAUGGAAGAGUAUACGAGCGAGGACAGCCAUCUCAAGUCUAAAGGAAAGCUUUCCCAGUAUUACUGCUCCCUGUGUGGCCAGAUGGCCCUGGUGACGGAUUGUCUGUUGGACGAACUGCCCAGGCGCUCGACGGACGGUGCCCUGGCCCUCGAUGAGAACACGCACUUUCAUAAGAAGUAUCUAACACUCGGGGAGCGUGUCUGUCUGGAUCGUGGAAAAGACAAAAUCGAAAUCCAGUACCGUUAUAACUGCAAAAAUAAUCGCUGCGGAAUUCCGAUCGUCUAUCGUACCACCCUGGAGGACACAGGAGAGACUGGUACAUAUCAAGGGCAGCCUCUUGAAAGAGCAAUCGAAAGCCGCAAGAUGCUGGCGGAUUCGCUGCUACCAGUACUGAUGAAGACUGAAGAAGACGAAGAAGUGUCGAAGACUCAUCCCCGUACGAUUGUGAUACCAGUAACAUUUGCCCGUCUCGAUACCAUUGACGCCUUGCUGUUGAACGAGUAUCGUCCAAUGCUCAGUUAG